AGCAGCUCAUUUGUCAUUCGUUGUGCAGUUUUUGUGGCAUGGAAGUAGCGUGGUAUCCGGCCAAAUCGGCGCCCAAGGCCCUGCAGGUGUGCAGUCCUCUCCAUCGGGUGCAUCCACAAGGUUUUGGCGGGCGCUGCUACUUGACGCCUUGUGAACCAGCAGUGUUGGCCUUUGCCGUGGCGUGGUCACGCAGGAGGUUCAGCGCAGUGCCGGAGGCAGUCACGGCAGUCACGGCAGUCACGGCAGUCACCUCACCCCGAUGCAAAGAGACUUCCAAGGUUGGUGAGCCAUUACCCUCAGACGAAGAGCUCUCGAAGUCCUUCAAUGCACGGCUUCCUGCAGAAGUGCGGAUUCAAAAGGAGCGGGCUUUGAACGCAGAGGAAACUCUGCGAAAAGCGGAUGAGAGCAUCAAAGCUUUAGGCAUUGACUUAGACAAGGAUGCUCGCGAGCGGAAGGAGAUGCAGCAGUUGCUUCCUUCGCUGCGCAAGGCUGCAGUGGCCACAUGCUGGCCCCGUCAAGAGAAGGCCGUGUCAAGCGCGCUUCGUGAAGUCUCCGGGGAUGAGGUGAGGGUCUUCGAAACCGAGACCUUGCAGGACCUCGCGGCUGAGGACUUCCGGCAGCAGCUGGCUGGCUGCUGUGCUGUUGCGGUUUACUGUGAGCAGGACCUUGAAUCCCAAGCCCAAGCAUGUGCUGGCCUGACGGCCUUGCUGGAGGGUGUUCCUGAGAGUGUUCAGCGGAUCGUUCUCGUGGCAGACUUGCCAGCAUCGCCUGUUGAGCGCCACCUGAAGCGAGCACUUCGUGAGCGCAGUUCCAACGCCUCGCCUCUGCGGCUGAGCAUCAUCCGUGCUAACUUCGCAGGCCAGCCGAUGCCAGGGGAUGGCCCACAGGUCAUUGCGAAAAUGCCGGCGACAGUACGAGAUGCAGCACGUGGGCUUCGUUCAACUCUAAUUGGAGGAGUCCGAAGUGCUGCCAACCUUGCUGCAGCCUUCCAGGCGCGCGAGGAGAGUUUGGCAGUCGCCUCCCCUGAGGCCGUGGCAAAGGUUCUGCACUUCGCCCUCCGCCGUGGCAUUGACGUGCCCGAAGUGUCAGUCGUCGGCAGUGGGGAGGCGGAUUUAGAUGAAAGGCUGCUACCAUUGGUAGGGCCAGAGCUAUGGCGACUGGAUGUGCCGGAUGGCCGACGUGCCCGCGUUUGGGUUCAAGGCUGGGUGGAGUUCAACUACUGCCGAGGGGCCAACCAAAAUAGCGCGGCCAUGAGGAGGGCUGGGCUGAAGACCCCUGUGGAGGUUCGGAAGACACUGCAGGGGGUUUGCAUCAAGUUUAUGCCCGGCAGCCGCAGGCCAGGUGGCUUCGAUGGCUUGUUGGAAGGAGGCCUAGAAAUCCUCGUGGAUGAGGCUACGGAGAGUAGGCCUGCUCGCAUGCGGGUGCGGCGUUGUGCUUACGGCUGGCGGAAAAAGCCCCGGGAGAGCUCCGAGCGGGCCAUCCUUUCACGACUUCGCCGUGAUUGGGAGAUGUCUGAGAAGCUGAGAUCUUGAAAGAUCUACAUGGCCUCGGUACAUGCAUUUCGCA